AUGGCCAUCUUCAACUUCCGAAUCCUUCUUUUUUCUCUCUCCAUAUCCUUCUGCAUUCUAUUUCCUCAAACAACUUCACUCACCUUCAACCUGACAAACUUAGGCGAUCGAGAUCAAAAGGCUAACAUAAAAACGUUCGGAGAUGCCUAUAUCUCAACCCAAGGCCUCCAACUCACCUCCAAUCUGCAGCAACAAGCCGGUAAAGGAACUUACAAAGAAUCCCUUCACCUCUGGGAUAAGUCCACUGGAAAGUUAACAGAUUUCGAUACCCAUUUCACUUUCGUGGUUGAUUCAGACGGGCUUCCCAAUUUCGCCGAUGGUCUCGCCUUCUUUCUCGCUCCAGAUGGGUCGAUGUCCACGGCUGGUGGUGCAUUUGGCCUCCCAAUUGACCCGGUCACGAUAGUAGCCACUAGCCCUUUUGUUGCCGUGGAGUUUGAUACGUUUCAGAAUGGUUGGGACCCGGUUGGUAUCAGCCCGGUUACUCAUGUAGGUAUCGAUGUCAACUCGCUAACAUCAAACGUUACUGCUGUUUGGUACGGUAACAUAACUCGUGGGACAGAGAACGAGGCUUGGAUUAAGUAUGAUUCGAGCUCAUACAAAUUGAGUGUAGUUUUUACUGGUUCUGUUAAUAAUUCCAGAGUGGAAGAUACCAUUCAUUUGAUUGUUGAUCUGAGGGAUUACUUACCUGAAUGGGUAACAAUUGGGUUCUCGGCUUCAACAGGGGCGCUGGUUGAGAAACAUACUCAGCAUAGGAAAACGAUGGCUUUAGAAACUUUUGCGCAGCUAGCCAUUCCACGCUUUGAUGGUCACUUUGAUCAUUGGAGCAUGCUCAUGGAGAACUUCUUAAGGUCCAAAGAAUACUGGACGGUGGUUGUUUCUGGAGUAGCAGAACCAGCCGAAGGUGUUGUGUCGACAGAUGCACAAAAGGCGGAGCUUGAAGGGCUAAAGUUGAACGAUCUCAAAGCAAAGAAUUAUCUCUUCCAAGCUAUUGAUCGCUCAAUCUUGGAAACCAUUCUUUGCAAGGACAGCGCCAAGCAUAUUUGA